AUGACAUGGAAAAGCAUUGGCUUAAUGGAAAUGUGCAAAUUUCUUCUCUUACUGACUUCAUUUCUGCCGUGUGGGAUGACGAGCUCUGUUUUAACUGUGAAUGGUGAAACUGAGGACUAUAUCCUCAACACUCAGCCUGAGCUCCAAGUGUCUCUGAAAUGUGCUGUUCAAAAUCACACCAGAGAGGAAGAACUUCUCUGGUACCGAGAAGGUGGAAGAGUGGAUUUGAAAUCUGGAAACAAAAUCAACUCCAGCUCCAUCUGCGUCUCUCCCAUAAGUGAAAAUGACAACGGAGUCACCUUUACCUGCAAGCUACAGAGGGAUCAGUCGGUGUCCAUCUCAGUGAUGCUGAAUGUCACUUUUCCUCCUCGCCUAAGUGGAGAAGACUUCCAAACAGCUGAAGAAGGGAGUGAUGUGCAGUUGGUUUGCAAUGUGAAAUCGAACCCUCAGGCUCAAAUGCUAUGGUAUAAAAACAGUAGCAUUUUGAAUUUAGAGAAAAACCGUCACCAAGUCCACCAGACAAGUGAGUCUUUUCAGCUGUCCAUCACCAAAGUCAAGAAAUCUGAUAACGGAACCUACAGCUGCACUGCAAGUUUACUUCAGGAAAUGGAGACUAAGGACUUUUACUUGAUUGUUAAAGAUAAAGAGUGGACCAUACCAAUAGAACCCAUUAUCGCAGCAUGUAUUGUAGUCCUUCUGACACUGUGCUUUGGACUGGUUGCUAGAAGAAAAAGAAUAUUGAAGCUCUGCAUAAAGGAUCAAGCCCCCCAGAGUGGAACUGCUCUGUAA